ACGAAAUUGGCUCAAGCAAGCUCAAACCUCUACAUCACAAAAAGACGAUAUUACACCGCCUGCCGAUGACAGCAGCGAACCCCGCCCUACAACCUCACUCUCACCGCAUGACACCCACUCAAACACCGGCGAUAAAUCCCAGCAAGUGCCGCGGCCGAUGGUGCCGACGCCGCCGAGUGACCUAGGUGAUGAAGAGCCCUUACAGCGCCCACUUUAGUCAACUUUGUGGAAAGGUUGGUGACAGCAACUUCUCCACCAUGUACACCUGCAAAGACUAGCACCAUCGCCAUGUCCUCCAAACAGUCAAUAAUCACAGGCGUUCCCAGAGAGGACACAUUAAAAGCUGAGAUCCUGUGGUGUUUGAACAUGAUGGAGUCUCACUACUCUUUCAAUUCCAGUGAAGGGACAGGUGUGCUAUUUUCUGCAAUGUUUCACGACAGUGCAAUUGCGAAGACUUUUGCCUGUGGAGCAACAAAGUCCAUGUACAUUUGCAAGCAUGGUUUGGCUCCGCAUUUCAAACACUUGUUGUGCAAAAAACUUUCUUCUGGUAGGGAGGACUAUGUACUUCUCUUUGAUGAGAGCCUUAACAGAAAAACACAAUCAAAGCAAUGUGACUUUCAUGUCUGUUUAUGGGAUGGGAACAAAGUUGUGACAAGAUUUUAUGACUCAAAAUUCAUGGGACACGCAACUGCAGUAGACCAUAAAUCAGUCUAUAAGAGGAGUACUGAAAAUCUGCCAAAAGAAAACAUGGUUCAGAUCUCCAUGGAUGGACCAAAUGUGAAUUGGUCUUUUUAUUCAAAGGUUGACAAAUCCCUCCAAGAUACUCAUAAUGUGCACCUUAUCAAUAUUGGCAGCUGCGGCCUCCAUAUUGCACACGGAGCCUUUCUGAGAGGAGUGGAAGGGACAGACUGGAAAGUUGGCAGCAUAUUGCAAUCCAUGCACCAGCUUCUGAGCGAUUCUCCAGCUCGUAGAGAAGAUUAUUUCAACAUAACAGGAUCAGGUUCCCCAACACCACUAAAGUUUUGCAGGACAAGAUGGCUGGAAAAUGUGCCUGUACUAGAAAGGGCAUUGGAAGUUUUACCACACAUGGCUGCAUAUGUCAAUGCUGUUAAAGAGCAACAUGCAGUUGAGGGUUUAGUUCCGGCCACGGAUAUUACCUGCCUGACGCUCCAUCCCGGCUUUGAUGCAUGUUGCCUCAACCCGUUUUCGCUGCAGGUAGCAUACCUCAACUUCAGGCAGGAGCAUGGCCCUCUCCAAGUCAACAGACCAGAGUAUGUUUAG